AUGAGCAACCAUAUCCAGGACAGUUGGGUUAAACACUUGCGGAAGUCAGAAGCUGCCGCACGCAGAAUCACCUGUCCAGAAUGCAAGGCUGAGCUCGAUAGCAAUCUGGAGGACUUCAAGGCACACGUCCGCGACAAUGUCUCCGAGCACGGUAAUCUGACGGGCGAUGCGGCCAUUGCGGAUGCUUUUAAACGGAUCAGCUUAAGAUCAACCAAAUCUGCCGAUCAGUCUUCGACCAAAAUAUCAAAGAAGAGACCGUCCGGCCCAGCUGCACUCGAGAGCAUCGACCACAGAGACACGAGCAUGAGCAACGAACGAGGGAACAAGAAAGUCUGCUCGCCGACUUCUUCUGACCACCAACACGCAUCUCCCAACAGCAAGCAUCCUGUCAAUCGGAGCCGUGCACGCCCAAAUGAUUUCGAUCGUUAUGGUUCGGGAGCUCGACCUGCCGGCCGCCUCUUCAACCCAGAGCAGGAUUCUACAGGUGCAGGUCGACAACCGAAAGGCAUCUUCCACGCUUCCAAAGCUUCCCAGCAGCAGCGGGAACAUCAACAGAAAAGACAGCUGGAGACCCGCGGCCGGCAACAGCCACCUCCUCCCCUCAAAGUUGAGGCUCAAGACAACGGCUCAACAAACCUCAUCAAUAGCCCGCACACGUCGAUCACCCCCCAGCCAGAAACGAAGCCGAUAUCUCAUGAACAAUUGGUGGCCGAAGUGAAGGGGAUCUAUGCCGGCUUGGUUAUGAUUGAAACGAAGUGUAUCGAGGUCGAUAACUCCCAGUCGACAAGCCCAGAGCAAAAAUUAACAAAGGAUCAAUGGCAAGCCCUUAUCGCGCUCCAUCGUACGCUCCUCCACGAGCAUCACGACUUUUUCCUAGCCAGCCAACAUCCUGCAGCCAACGCUGCACUUCGACGCCUCGCAUCCAAGUAUGCUAUGCCUGCGCGUAUGUGGAGACAUGGCAUUCACUCAUUUCUGGAGCUGCUUCGCCGCAGACUCCCUGAUUCAUAUGAGUACAUGCUUACCUUCAUCUAUCUGGCAUAUGCAAUGAUGGCGUUGCUCUACGAGACUGUUCCUAAUUUCGAGGAUACAUGGGUUGAAUGUCUAGGAGAUCUCGCCAGAUACCGUAUGGCCAUUGAGGAUAAUGAUCUGAAGGAUCGCGAGACCUGGACAGGAGUUGCUCGCCAGUGGUACAGCUUCGCUUCGGAGAAGGCACCAUCAACUGGCCGACUUUACCACCAUCUUGCGAUCUUAGCCCGGCCAAAUGCUAUUCAACAACUGUACUUCUAUACGAAGUCUCUCUGUGUUAUUAUUCCAUUUCACAGUGCCAGGGAAAGUAUAAUGACUCUCUUCGAUCCGGUUCUUACCGCUGGUACAGCGGCUCGCCUCCCUGCAAUUGAUGCUGCCUUUGUUCGUGUGCAUGGUAUCUUUUUCUCCAAGAAGAAUAAAGAACUCUUGGAUCCGUCUAUUGACGAGUACUGUACGCUUUUGGAUCCUUACAUUGGCAAAGUGACGAAGAAGUUUCUUGAAGUCGGGCAAGUAUACCAGAUGGAACAAGCACAGGGGAGCAAUUACUGA